AUGACUGUGCAACCACAUCAGACUGGAGAGGAAGUGGAGCGUGUGUGGCGAGAGCGACUGCAGCGCUGUCAGAGGCAGCUGAAGGCUAAAGAGGAUGAGAUGCGUCGCCAGUCCGAAUACUUUGAAAAAUUUAAAUGCCAACUCCACCACAAGCUCAGCCUUGCUAGGGACAGAGAGGAGAGCUUGCAGAAGCGCAUCUACACUUUAGAAAAGCAACUACUGGACAUGACCGUGAGCGCAGCCACUAAUAUUGCUGCACUGAAUGCAGUCCGAAUUGCACCCAGGAGCGAAACACACCGGGAGGAGCAUGGGAGGCUGCCUGGUGCUAGGGAAGAAGGUGAGGGUGAAGAGGAGAAAAAUGAAGGCAACACAAGUCAAUGGCAGCCAAACAAUGGAGGAGAGAGCAAUGGAAGACUGAAAGUGAACAAGGGAAUAGCUGAAAACAAAUGGAGCACGGACAACAAAUUGACCUCAAAUGAAGUCAGGUUGCAAGGUUUCAUCCUGACUUUGCAGGAGGAUCUCAGGGUGCUGUUGGACAGAGAAGAAAGAGGGGUGACGGAGCAUAGGAGACUGAUCGAGCAGCUCCAGGAGGCACAGGAGAACAACCUUUUCCUGUGCUGCAAGGUAGAGGAGAUGAAGGUUGAGUUACAACAGCUGAACCUGUCUGAAAGUGCCCUGAUAAAGGAGGUGGAAGAGUUAAGAGUGGAAAACACCAGGGUCCAACAUGACAUUAAGGAUUCAACUAAACAAAUAUCCGAUCAGUCAUCUGCGAUCACUGCUAAUGGUUGCUCUAGUGAGACGGAUCCAACUGUGCAUCAUCCAGAAGAAGACUCUGAAAAGGCAUCAGAUGAGCAAGAUGCAGUUCCAAUCUUCCACCACCAGGCUGCAGAAGGGAGUCCUAACUGUGCCAUCCGAGAUUUUAGCUUCACUGCCAAACAUGGACCUCAACAUUCCUCUAAAAAAGACACCCGAAUCAUCUAUCCUUUCCUCAAUCUCCAACCCCUUUCCUUGGUAUCAGAGAUAAAAGAGUGGGGUUCUACAGGGGGCCUCAAUGUGGAGGACAGUCACAGCGCAGAAUCUGAGGCCCUGAGGGAGGCGUACAGGAGCUUGGGUUUAGGUGAGGACCUCAAGGGUCUUAGAGAGCAAUGUGACCACCUUGAGGCGGCCCUUCAGCACUCAAAACAGCAGCUGCAGAUGAUGGCUCAGGAGAAUGCGCAACUGAAAUUACAGCUCAGCAACCAAGGGGAGGAGAUGCAAGAGUCUUUGUUACAUAAGUUGACCCCAACAUCAACCAUUUAUGAAGCAGAUGUUUGCCAAUUACCUCCCAUGGAAGACGACGUCACCGCACCCGAUGGCCUUCUCCACGCCCUAAAUAAUGAGAACAGAGCCUUGGCUCUCCAUCUUCAGGAAUUGCUGGCUCACAUUGAGCAUAGUGAGAAAGAAAUGACGAGCGAGCGUUCUCAGCUGAGGGAAGAUAUUUUGUGCCUGAAGGGAGACAAAGCUAAGCUGGAACAAGAGAAGACGGAGCAAGCGUGUCUUGUCACAGAACUUACUAGAAAGACUGAAGAUGAUCUCAAUACAAUUAUGGAGCUACAGCAAAAGUUAGAAGAGCAUGUGGAUUGUAAUAAACUAAAAAAUGUGGCGUGUGGAUCUCUGUUGCAAACUAAGGAUACAAUUUUGGAAUUGGAACAGUGUCAAGAGAACAACUCAGAGAAAUUCUUGGGCAGUGGGAUCGAAGGUGUAACAACAAAACAAGAACAAAUACGACUGAUUUCAACUUCGUUACCAGAAGACAAGACUACAUAUUUAAAGCCUGUUGACAGCCCACCAAGCCAUCUCGAUGUUAAGUCACUCAGUGAUCAAGCAGAACAGCUCACAAAGUCCAUCCGAAGCCUGAAAGCUGAGCAACAGCAGUUGUAUGGCUAUUUGGUUCCUCUCCAAAAGAAACAAAAGGAACUCUCUCUGUCAGUCCAAGCACAGAAGGAGGAGAAACAACACUUAACUCGGACAAUUUGGGCUCUCAAAGAUGAGAGGGAUGGGGUUUCUCGAUCUUUGGAUGGUCUUAAGCAUGAGAGGGAGCAAAUAAUCAGAGUAGUCAGUGGGCUAAAAGAUGUUCAAGUUCGCCUUUCAAAGUCUGUGAGCAGUCUGAAAGAACAGAAAGAGAAGUUCACAGAGUGUUUUCCGGCCCUUGAAAGAGAAAAAGAAAAACUGUUCGAGUCACUCUCAAGUGGAAAAGAGGAGGUCAGACAGAUUGCACUGACUGUGCAAAAGUUGGAGAAUGAGAAGGGCCAUUUAGGUCAGGCAGUCCUCAGUUUAAAACUGGAGAGAGACAAACUAACAGAUUCUCAUCCAGAGUCGACAGAUAGGAAUCAAGCAUGCGAUCAUUUACAAGCAGACUAUGACCAUCUGCUUAAGUCAUUCAACACUUUGAAGGAACAAAAAGGAAGAACUGAACAUUCAGUCAGGUCUUUGAAACAUGAGGAAUCACAGAUAAUGUCAUUACUUCAGUCACAAAGAGGAAAAAAUUGUGGUCAACAAACUGAUCCUCAAAGUCAGACCCCAGAGAACACAUCUGAUGAUUGGCUGUCAGCAAAGAUAAAAGCUACUGAAGAAAACAAUCAAAAUAUGACAGGAAACUUCACUGGAAACUCUAUACAGGAACAGAGUGAUUUGGUGAGGAAGCUAGAAGCUGUGCAAAGAGAAUUGAAUGAAUCACAAGAAGAACUGGACAGAAGACGUGCAGAAUCCAUUGCCUUACAUGGGCAGCUGAGUCACUCAGAAGCGAGGAGAGAAAAUGCUGAGAAGUUAUCAAUCCAAGCAGCUGAUGAAUUAAAGAAACUGAGAGAUUUUGCUAAUCAGGCAGAAGAAACCCUUAAGGAAAAUAGAUGUCUUACCACGCAGGUGAAACAGUUGGAGAGCAAAGUAUCCGUCCUCAUCCAGGACAAGUCUACAGCUCUAACACUCAAGUCACAAAUUGAGGACCAACGCAACCUUCUCACAGCUCAGCUCAAAGCCAAGACGGUGGCGCUAGAGGAACUGAACUCUGAAUAUAUCACUCUAAAAAAACAGCGAGACGGCAAAGAUGAGCUCAGCACUCUCAUCUCUCUCCGUGCACGUUACAACAAUAUCCGAGCCAAGAUGCCUCCCUCUUCCACCGAACAAGAGCAACGUUCUCAUCUGGAUAUAAGACCCGAGUCGUGCCCGAGUCCAUUCAACGUGUAUGACAUGAACAGGUCCUUCAAGAGUCCUGUCCCUCUGCUAUCGCUCGCCCAUGUCAGUCCUAACAGGAGAUUGAGCAGUCCUGAGAAGAUCAUCAACCUCCAAGAGCAGUUACAACACACUCUGCUAAGUGGCUGUGAAGCUGUGGUGGGCAAAGAAAGAAUUAAAUCCAGAAGAACGUCAUUCUCUGCUCCCGCAUCCCCUAAUCCGUCUUCUCACAAAAAACAGCAAGGCUUCGGUUUUAUUGCUCCACCUAAUGGCCUUUACCCACUCAGCACUCUCCCGAGCACGACCGAGCUCCCUCUUCCCAUGAUGAAGACGCCGGUUUCUCGAACGACAGUGUCCCAAACCAGCUCAGCUCCUAACUCACUGAUCAGCACUGCUGCCUCAAGCAAAACCAACUCGACCUUAAGGCAUGACUGCAAUGUACCAAUGUCCCUAAAAUCUAAAAGACAAAUUUCUUCUGAUGUGGCCACUGCUGAACAUUCCGCUUCCUCUCCUUUAAUGACCUCCAAAAGUACUGACUCGAGUGUUUUGGUGUGUUCUGAUACAAAUCUAAAAAGCACUGCCUCAGACACGACUGCCCUGACAAAAGCGACUGCCAGCAAAACUGAGGUUUUCAGCUCGGUAAUAAAACCUAAUGGUGCUGCUCCUUCUGCAUGCGACGGCUUAGAAUUCUGGACGAUCAAGUCCCAUUUUACUCAACACUCUGCUGAGGAAUCUUCAAAUAACACAAAAUUCCACAUUCCUGAAGAGGAAAUUAGAACACGAAGACCUGAACCAGAUGCUCCAGCAGAGGUGAACUGCGUGGAGGUCAUCAAACAAGUUGGUCAGAGCAGUCUCCUGAUUGGCUGGGAGAGGCCUACACUGGAUCAGCUGGGCUGCAGCAAUGGGACUUAUGUGUAUGGCUACAGGGUGUUUUUGGAUGGGGAAUUCUACAAGUCUGUGAUGAGCUCUGCUUGCACCAAGUGUGUCCUGGAAAACGUAGACCUGACUUCUCCAGUUGAAAUUGGCGUCGAGACACUGGGCUCCAACGGGCUGAGUUCAAAGUGUGUCCAGACUAUCUAUAUGUCUCCUGUUGUGACAGGCCACCUAUGA